UCCAGCGCGGGGUGUGCAUAGCUUCAGUUAUCAGUUGGCAAGGCUUUUCUAUCUAGAUACACGUCACGGGGCCGGGCUCUCUCCUCAGGAAGUACCUUUGAACAGAGCCUUCAAAACUCCCAAAUGAUGUGGACUGUUCGAAUUUGGGACCCGGACCGUGCGGCUGGUCUCAUGGGUGUUAGGUUUUAGACCUAACAUUAAAUUUUAGCGACAACACUUUUCCGACUUCAGCUACAGUGCUAGCUAAGUCUGGAAAACCGAAUAACAAAACAAUUAGCGAAGCUUUCCAUUUCAGAAACUGUUUUAUUUAGGGUGCUUUUCUAAAUCAGAUUAUUAUUUUAAAAAGAAGUAUAAUUAAGAGUUAGAAUCGGACUGAAAAUAAACUGCCAAAGAUAACAAUAACUACCUUUAAAUAUGGAGAAGACUGAAACCACGUCCAAUAAGAGCGCCUCUUUUGUGGGAUACUUCAGGACGACCGGGUUUCUUAUUUACCUUUGCCAUGGAUUGUCUACGUGGGUAAGCUCAGACCGCAGCUUUCCUCAUUUCUGUUUUGCUCCCAUCAUAUGGUAACUGGGAGAUAGGAUGUGGCACUUUGCUGUGUCAGUGUUUUUGGUGGAGCUAUAUGGCAACAGCCUGCUUCUGACUGCUGUCUAUGGACUGGUCGUGGCAGGAUCUGUCCUAUUGCUUGGAGCUAUCAUUGGUGACUGGGUGGACAGAACCCCCAGGCUUAAAGUUGCCCAAACAUCCUUGAUUGUUCAGAAUGUCUCGGUCAUCAUUUGUGGUGUCAUCCUGAUGGUGGUUUUCCUGUUUAAAUCUCCUCUUAGCACCAUGUUCCAUGGAUGGUUACUUACGGCCUGCUACAUAUUUGUCAUUACCAUUGCCAACAUUGCAAAUCUAGCAAGUACAGCUACGGGAAUCACAAUUCAGAGAGACUGGGUUGUUGUUGUUGCAGGUGAAGACAGAAGCAGAUUGGCAGAUAUGAACGCUACGGUUCGCAGAAUUGACCAGGUGACAAAUAUUUUGGCUCCAAUGGCAGUUGGACAAAUAAUGACCUUUGGCUCCCCUGUAAUUGGCUGCGGUUUUAUCUCUGGUUGGAAUCUCUGUUCCAUGUGCCUUGAAUAUUAUCUGUUAAGGAAAAUUUACCAAAGAACACCUGCACUGGCCAUCAAAGCAGGACAGAAGGUGGCUGACCAGGAAAUGAAACCACUGAACAAACAAAAAGAUAUUGAGUGUGGCCAAACAAAGCAAGAUGAAAAAUCAGGGUUAGUCUGUCCAGAAGGUGCUCAACUGAUGAAAGUGAAGACACUGGAACAAGAAAAAGAGCAACGUUGUGGUGAUAAAGUUCUUGAGCCUUUCUACACAUUAAGGGAUGGGUGGGUAGCCUAUUACAACCAAAAUGUAUUCUGGGCUGGCUUGGGCCUCGCAUUCCUCUACAUGACAGUGCUUGGUUUUGACUGUAUCACAACUGGAUAUGCCUACACCCAAGGUUUGAGUGGAUUUUUACUUAGUCUGCUGAUGGGGGCCUCUGCUAUCUCUGGAAUCAUGGGAACUAUAGCAUUCACAUGGUUUCGCCGAAAAUGUGGCCUGAUCCAAACAGGCUUCAUCUCCGGUGUGGCUCAGUUUUCAUGUCUGCUUUUGUGUGUCGUUUCCGUCUUCAUGCCUGGAAGCCCUUUAGAUUUAUCUGUAUCACCUUUCGAUAACUUCGCCAGCAAAUAUUUGGAUAUGAAUACCUUGAUGGAACCUGCUCUAACAACUGCAGAACCUCAGCUAGUCACUACAGUCGGAUUUACCAACUCAACAACUGAAUCCCCAAGAGAUGAGCAAUUUCAACCAGAAUCUUACAUCUCUGUGAGCUUGCUCUUUGCUGGUAUCAUUGCUGCAAGAGUUGGGCUUUGGUCCUUUGAUUUAACAGUCACACAGCUCAUUCAAGAAAACGUGGAUGAAUCAGAACGGGGAAUCAUAAAUGGCGUACAGGAUUCUAUGAAUUAUCUUCUAGACCUGGUGCAUUUUAUUAUGGUAAUAUUAGCUCCAAAUCCAGAAGCAUUUGGCGUUCUUGUAAUCAUUUCGACUUCCUUUGUUGCUAUGGGGCACUUGAUGUAUUUCAGAUUUGCAUACAAAUUGUUAGGAAGACAGCUGUUUGCAUGUACCUCCAAAGACCCAGCAAUUCAGACCAGCAAUCACAAAAUAACUGACUGUGUGGCAGUUAGCACUUGAGUAAUAAUUAGAAAAAAUAUCCCUCAUUUUGACAUAUGCUUUAUAACUAUUAGGCUUAUAUUUUCAGGAUAUCUACUUCUGUAGUAGUUUAGACAUCACACGUAAUGUACAGAAUCCUACAAUGGCCAGGUUUUCCUUAGUUUCUGUAUAUUCUGUUACUAUAGAAAGAAAAAGUUUGCAAAUACAGCAGAAAUAGGUAUCUUCUAUGGCAUGACCUUUAUCGCACUGGGGUUAAUUUGCGGUCUCAGUAGUGAACAGCUAACUGGGAAAUGUGCCACUAUGUGUCGGGUUUAAAUGUACAUAUUACAUGAUUUGUAUUCAUCUUAACUAGAGUGAAAUAUGUCAAGUGAGAUGUCAUUUGGGUUAACCGUUUAACAUGGUUUCAUAAAUCUGGUAAAGGGUAUAUGAUCGUUUUAACAUUUAUAUGCAUAUUUGACUUCUACCUUCUUGGUUCUAAUAUCAUUAAAAAAAUGUUUGCUAAAGUGCCAAUAAUGUUUUUCAAAGUAAUGGGUGGUUUAAUACGCCAAAAAUGAAAAAUAUUAUAAUUUAAAGGGAGCAAUAAAUAUUCCCAACUAAAUUACGUCUUGAUAUUAAACAUAGAAGAUAUCCUGAAUUAACUGAGUGAUUUGCCGAGAGUUUUUGGGUGUGCAGAAAAUGUGAAUGUUGCAGCGAACAUUGCUAUGCUAGAGUUGAAAACCUUAAGCUAACAAAUGAGUUUAAUAUCAAUUUGUAACACUGCUCUUUCUCAUGUUGAUGUAAAGAUAGAACAAGUGGAUUCCCAUACCUUCAAAAUGGAUUUCUUUUUAACCAAAAUGCUUGAGACAUUUUUAUGUCAUAUUAUAAAAGCAAAAUACUGCAGCUGCUGGAAAUCUGAAACAAGAACAGAAAAUGCUGGAAAAACUCAGCAGGUCUAGCAGCAUCUGUGGAGAGAGAAACAGAGUUAACGUUUCAGUCUGAAGAAGGGUCAUACAGACUUAAAAUGUUAACUCUGUUUCUCUCUCUACAGAUGCUGCCAGACCUGCAGAGUCUUUCCAACAUUUUCUGUUUUUGUUUUAUGACAUAUUACUCCAUUCAAACUAAAUUCCAUAGUGCAUUUGGAAAAUGAGUAAUUUUUAAAUGAGAAAUCAUUAAUUUUCAGGUAUUGAUCUAACCCACUAGAAUCUGGGUGGUGAUAAUCACAGGGAGGGAGAAUUGCAGUGGUUGCUAUGUAUGUUGACAUUAUCACUACGUUCAAGAGGGUUUCCGCUGGUCAUUGCUUCAAGCAAAAUUAAAAAUAUAGUUGAAAAAAAAUUUCACCAAGCAUGGCGAUUAGAGUAAUAUCUUUCACCUAAUUAUGUGCAGGGAAGGUGGUCUUGUUCCCUAGCAUAUUACCCAGCAGCCUAACACAAGUUUGAGAUCCCUAUGCUCAAAAUAAUUAAAUGGAAGGCAGUACAUUUUUCAUUGCUAUGAUAGUCCUUAUUUGAAAGUUGACAUUAUAGCGUUGGUGCAGGUGAAUCAUUUGCUAGAUGCAGCUCCUGGACACCUAUCCUGUGCUACAGUGAGACCAACUGAAAAUCUGUUAAGUACAGUUCCAGCUGCUGUGAUUUCUGAACAAUAAUGAGAAAUGAAUCAUAGACUGGGUAUAGAUUUGAAUUUAAAUUCCUAAAAUUCCCAAGUUUUUUUAUAAGUACAGAUUCAGAAAAUUUUUUUAUAGUCAAUAUUUAUGAGUUGUACUAGAAUUUGAAAUUAAAUUCCUGGAUUGUUAAAAGAGGUGUGUUAACCAAUGCUUUAAAAUAUAUUCAUACCUUUACCACUUUCUUGGAUGAAAAUUGGAACUUUUUGAAAAUUAUACAUGUACUAAACACUCCAAAGCCACAGUUUCUGAAAUUAAAAGCACUGCUAAAUAAAAAAGUUGCUAAAAUAA